UGUGGUGUCUGUGAACCUUUGGAGGAGUUUAAGGAAUGGAACUUGUCUUGUUUGCGUUGUGUCGUGUCUCGAGCCAUUUAUCAUGCACUUAGAAUCUACCUUCACUGCUGUGUGUGUUACUGUCCUUCCAUUCUUGGAAGACCCGAAAAAAAGAAAAAAGAAAAUCCCAAACGGCUAUAAAUAUAAUUGACGUUACUUACACUACUAAGGACCCAGAGAGAGACAAGAGAGAGAGAGAGAGACUUAGCAAGUAAGGCUUCAAAGAUUGUAGCUUCAUCAGGUUUUUCUCACUGCAAAUUUGGCCCUUUGGUUUUGACUUCUUCUGUUUUUUUUUUUGGUAGAUGGUUUUGACUUUUGAGUAGUGAUUACCAGGGAAGAAAUCACAAUCCAAUUGUUAUUUUUUUCUUCACCAUGUCUGUGGGGUAUAAUAAUUCCAAGAAGACUGAUGAAAUCUGUGGGGAUGAUUGCAGCAAGGGAACUCGUGCAGCAUUGCGCAUGUCAAGAUUUCUGUGUAUUUUAAGAGGGUUUGACUACAAGACCUACAUAUUUUUGUUUGUGGUCGUCCCAAUAGGCAUCUUCCUUCUCUAUUUGGAUGGACAUAAAAUCACAUUCUUUCUGAGACCACUCUGGGAAUCUCCUCCAAAGCCCUUCCAUGAAAUCCCUCACUAUUAUCAUGAGAAUGUAUCAAUGGAGACUUUAUGCAGACUUCAUGGUUGGACAAUUCGCGAAUCGCCAAGACGAGUUUUUGAUGCUGUGUUGUUUAAUAAUGAAGUGGACAUGCUUACUAUUCGUUGGAAAGAAAUGCUUCCAUACGUGACGCAUUAUGUAAUCCUCGAAUCGAACUCAACAUUUACAGGGUUGCCCAAACCUUUGAUUUUUGCAAGCAAUAGUGACAAUUUUAAGUUUGUGAAGUCUCGAAUGACAUAUGGGGUGAUUGGAGGAAGAUUUAAAAAAGGUGAGAAUCCUUUUGUUGAAGAAGCAUAUCAAAGAGUUGCCUUAGACAGGCUUCUGAGGACAGCAGGAAUAGAAGAUGAUGAUCUCUUGAUAAUGUCUGAUGUUGAUGAGAUUCCUAGUGCUCACACAAUUAACCUCCUGAGGUGGUGCAAUGACAUUCCUCCUGUUCUUCAUCUUCAACUGAGGAACUACUUGUACUCUUUUGAGUUCUUUCUGGACAAUGAAAGUUGGAGAGCAUCGAUUCAUAGAUACCAGACCGGCAAGACAUGUUAUGCACACUAUAGGCAAGCUGAUGUGUUGUUGUCAGAUUCUGGCUGGCAUUGUAGCUUCUGUUUCCGACAUAUAAGUGAAUUCAUAUUCAAGAUGAAAGCUUAUAGCCAUAAUGAUAGGGUGAGGUUCUCUCAUUACUUGAACCAUAACAGGAUUCAGGAAAUAAUUUGCAAAGGAGCAGACCUAUAUGACAUGCUUCCUGAAGAGUAUACAUUUAAGGAGAUUAUUGGGAAACUGGGACCUAUACCUCAUUCUUAUUCAGCAGUACAUCUUCCUUCAUAUUUGUUGAAUAAUGCAGAGAAAUACAAGUACUUGUUGCCUGGUAACUGCAGAAGAGAGAGUGGCUGAGCUUUUUGAAUAUGAGAUAUAUUGAUAUUGUGUAUAACACCAAAAGGAACUGUGGUAUGGUUACCAAGCAAAGUAGGCCAUUCUUUGGAGGAAUAUUGGGAAGAGCCUGAUGGGAUCUCGCAAUUUGACAUGCUGCCAUGUUAGAUUAUUGAGUGAAGAGCUUGUUGUGAGUGCAAUAGUGUUACAUCUUUUUGCAAACUUUUGUAACUUCUCUUUAAAUAUGCAUAACCCCCCAAGUUAAACACAUGUUGUGACCAUCAAUUAUGAAAUUGCUAAAUGAUAUUCCAUUAAUUUUCUAGUAAAUAGUUAUAUUCUUCUCUGGUACCUUGAAUUUCAAACCAUUAGAUUUUGAAUCCUGUAAUUUGUCCAACUCUUAU